GAGGGAUGUUAGGGUUUCCACAUUGCAACUGUCUAUAUUAAAACUUGUUUGUAGUCUCUCAAGAGCUUGUUUCUUUCCCAAACUUUGAGGCUGCUAAAAAAUUUUUAUCGCAAGGAGCAGAACGCUCCCCUUCUUAUUAGCUCCACCAGCCUCCGCCGCCGCAGAAGCAAAACCCAGAAUCAGGAAAACCCUCUGAACAAUCAGAAAAAGAGAUGGGUGAUAAUGAAAAAACAGGGGAAGGAGAGAAGCAGGGAAGCAAAACAGUAAUGUCAUCUGAUCUUAACGAUUUCACAAUAAUCAAGGAAGGAGAGGCUGAGAUUCUCAUGCACGCCAAAAACGAAGUCUUUUACAACAAAACCCAGGUGAACAACAGGGACAUAUCCAUUGCUGUUCUGAGGACAUUUAUAUCCAAACGGAAAGAGGAGCAUGAAACAAAGCUGUCCAGAAGAACAAAAACAGCACAAAAGGUAUCAGGUGAGAAUGUGUCUGAACUGAAAGCACCUACUGAGUCAGAUGUGCACAAUGAGAAAUCUAAUGGUGAAUGUGAAGAGUCAGAAGAGAUAUCUCCAGAUGAACCUUGUAGUAUCUCAGAAAAACCAGUCAAAACUCCAGAGGGGAAAGUACAAGGGGAACUAAAGCCACCAAGAGUGCUUGAGGCAUUGUCGGCUUCGGGCUUAAGAGCAUUAAGAUAUGCACGUGAAGUAGAAGGGAUAGGUCAAGUUGUGGCUGUGGACAAUGAUAAAGCAUCUGUUGAAGCAUGCAGGAGAAACAUAAAAUUCAAUGGUUCAGUGGCAUGUGCCAAGGUGGAGUCGCACCUUGCUGACGCUCGAGUUUAUAUGCUCACCCAUCCAAAGGAGUUUGAUGUGGUUGAUCUUGAUCCUUAUGGUUCACCUUCCGUGUUCUUGGACUCUACCAUUCAGUCAGUUGUUGACGGAGGUAUGUUGAUGUGCACAGCAACUGAUAUGGCAGUGUUGUGUGGGGGUAAUGGGGAGGUUUGCUAUUCCAAAUACGGCUCUUAUCCAUUGAGAGGGAAAUAUUGUCAUGAAAUGGCGUUGAGGAUCCUCCUUGCCUGCAUUGAGAGCCAUGCAAAUCGAUACAAGCGAUACAUUGUUCCGGUGCUAUCAGUUCAGAUGGACUUUUAUGUUCGAGUUUUUGUUCGCGUAUUUACCUCUGCAAGUGCAAUGAAGAACACUCCCCUUAAGCUCUCUUAUGUUUAUCAGUGCACUGGUUGUGAUUCUUUUCAUCUUCAGUCACUUGGAAGGACUGUUUCAAAGAAUAACAGCGUAAGGUAUCUACCUGGGUUUGGUCCCGUUGUUUCUGAAGAGUGCAGCGAUUGUGGAAAGAAAUAUAACAUGGGCGGGCCCAUAUGGUCUGCUCCCAUUCAUGAUCAAGAAUGGGUAACUUCCAUACUUGCAGAUGUGAAAUCAAUGAAGGAUCAUUAUCCCGCUUACGAUCGAAUCUCUGCUGUACUAACAACAAUUUCAGAGGAAUUGCCUGAUGUUCCUCUGUUUCUUAGUUUGCACAAUCUUUGUGCAACACUAAAAUGCACGUCUCCCUCGGCAGCAAUAUUCCGAUCUGCAGUCAUCAAUGCAGGAUAUCGUAUAUCGGGAACUCAUGUGAAUCCUUUGGGGCUAAAGUCGGAUGCUCCGAUGGAUGUUAUUUGGGAUAUCAUGCGUUGUUGGGUUAAAAAUCAUCCUGUGAAAGCUCAACCACCAGAUCAGGCAGGAAGCGUUAUACUUGCCAAGCAACCAGUUCUUCAAGCUAAUUUUGCUAGAGCUGUUGCAUCCCUCAGCAAAGCACAAGCCAAGAAGGUGGCACGGUUUCUUCCAAAUCCUGAAAGGCAUUGGGGCCCGAAGCUCAGGGCUGGCCGUACAAUCACCAGCAAGCACGUAUCUCUUUUGGGUCCACAGGCUUUAAAUGAAAUUAAUAACCACGAGGAAGAAGCAGAAGGUGAAGGUGGUGAUGAUGAGCCCCAAGCCAAGCGUAAGAAGACAGAGGACCCCACUUCCAUUUCAUGAAAAAAAGCCUCUUUGAAAAUGUUCUUCAUGCAUCUUGGCUGAAGCUGGCGCAGAGCUCUCUUUUUUACUCUCUCAUAUCUGAUUUUUAUUCUGCAUUUGCUUUGCAGAGAGAUGAAAUCUUCAUCGUGUCUCAAACAAGCUCGCCUGUUUAGUAAUUAUGCAAAAAAUCCCGCGGUGAAAUUGGGGAUUAGAAGUUAGAACCGCAUGGUCUUUAACAUUGAGUUUUUGAAGUUCAGCAUAAGAUUUUGUUUUGUUUUGUUUUUCUGUAUGCUGUUCUUGAUUUCUUUUUCUCUUUUCUUGAUGUGUUCUUUGAAGUAGGUAGAGAGAUGAUAGACAUUGCAGUUGACCCUUUCUGUUUUUUUGUAUAUGUAGCUUGCUUGUUUUAUUUCUAUUAAUGAAUUAUUAGCUUCAUUCA